AGUAAUAACAUAUUGAAUUGUUGAUUUUGUUUAAGGAAUUAUAUUAUCCAAUACAUUUUUUUCAGAAUGACCAUAGGAUGAAUCUCAUUCGUAUAUUUAUCUGGAAAUAUGUUUCCAUAAAAAAAUAUUAAAAAUUUAAAUAAAUUUCGAUUCAAUGAUUUUUCAUAUUACUUUGGUAGUGAAACAAAAUAUUGUUUGAGACUAAACAUUUUUUUUAAUGUUAAAAUAACUGAAAAACAUUAGAAAUAGAUUUUUGUUCAAAAAAUGUAUUUUUUAAUUUGUUCACCGCCAACAAUCACGAAACUAUUCCCUCUUUUUUUCUUUCACCUCCGAUUCUCUCUCUUUUUUAAUUGCUUCUUCCUCAGUUCUAAGUCAACGAAACAAUGUCGAUUGGAGAUGCAAUCCAGAACCAUAGUGAAACAGCUCCUCUGUUGCCGGAAUCAGGGAGAGAUGGUGAGAUUGGUCACGACGAAUUCAACGGAGCUUCUUUUACCGGAGCGGUUUUCAACCUCGCAACAACGAUCAUCGGUGCUGGUAUCAUGGCACUGCCUGCAACGAUGAAGAUCCUCGGACUUGUUCCCGGAAUCGCCAUGAUCGUUCUUAUGGCUAUCUUGACUGAUUCCACCAUUGAGUUCUUGCUUAGGUUCAGCAGAAUAGGGAAAACGAGAUCUUACGGUAGUUUGAUGGAAGAUUCUUUCGGCAUAACCGGAAAGAUUGUGUUGCAAGCUUCUGUUCUUGUUAGCAACAUUGGCGUUUUGAUCGUUUACAUGAUUAUCAUUGGUGAUGUAUUGGCUGGAAAGGAUGAAUUUGGAAUCCAUCAUGCGGGUAUACUUGAAGGAUGGUUUGGGGAAUAUUGGUGGAACACAAGAACUUUUGUUCUUCUCAUUUCAACUCUCCUUGUCUUUGCUCCAUUGACAUCCUUCAAGCGGAUUGAUUAUUUGAGAUUCACAUCUGCAAUAUCACUUGCUCUAGCCGUUGUUUUUCUUGUCAUCACUGCGGGAAUCUACGUCGUCACGAAGUUUUUCAGCGGUGGUUUGAUGAUGCCUAGACUCUUACCAAAUGUCACUGACUUGUCAUCUUUCUGGAGACUUUUCACCGUUGUUCCUGUGCUUGUCAAUGCAUACAUUUGUCAUUAUAAUGUUCACAACAUACAUAACGAGCUUGAAGACCCCACUCAGAUCAAACCCGUUGUUAGAUCAGCUCUGACAGUGUGCUCUUCUGUUUACGUAAUGACAAGCUUAUUCGGAUACCUCUUGUUCGGUGAAUCUACCCUUGAUGAUGUUCUUGCAAACUUUGACACCGAUCUUAAUAUCCCUUUUGGUUCGGUCCUAAACGACGCAGUCAGGUUCAGCUAUGCAGCUCAUCUAAUGCUUGUGUUCCCCAUCGUCUUUUACCCUUUGAGGGUCAACAUCGAUGGUCUAUUAUUCCCUAAGGCUCCAUCGCUUGCUACAUCGAACCUGAGAUUUGGUUCUAUCACUGCCGGCCUCAUUGCUGUCAUCUUUGUUGGUGCAAACUUCAUUCCAAGCAUUUGGGAUGCUUUCCAGUUCACUGGAGCUACAGCGUCUGUCUGCAUCGGUUUCAUAUUCCCUGCUGCUGUUAUCCUAAAGGAUCGUCAUAACCAAGCAACAAAAAGGGACAAGUCUCUAGCCAUUUUUGUGAUUGUUCUUGCGGUUUUCUCCAACGCAAUCGCCAUUUAUAGUGACGCUUAUGCCUUAUUCGAGAAGAACAAUUCCACACUUGCAAUCUGACCAUACAUGAAGAGUUUUAUUGUGAUAAUGUCUUUAGAUGAAAACUUGAGAAAUGAAAAAUGUUUAAAUACAUGUCAUUGUUAACAAUCUAGAUCAUGUUCGGCGCUAAAGCAAUAUCCAAAGUAACAUAUAGUUACGAUUUGAUAUAA